AUGACGGUUUCUUUCCACUUCUAAAAUUAGCAAACGAAAAAGUGCUCUUAAACUUUUCCUGCGUCAUUUUUCAAAAUUUUUUUUUGAGGAGCAGCGCACAAAUUAUCAUCUGUUCCAUCCGCUAAGCUAACUUUGCACCUCGCUCCGUGUGAAGUGAAAACCUGCAGCGCGCCCAGCUUAGCUUUAUGUAAUGUAAAGCGCAGGGCAGCAAGCAGAAAAUCAUACAUCCUAUCCAACACGAAAAAUCGCAUCGUGGGAAACCGGCUUAAGACUAAUUUCGAUGAUAGUUUUCAUUUGUCAGAUUGCUCUAUGUUUGAAAACACAGAUGAAGAUGAAAAUAAAGAUAAAACUGAAAGUAUAUAUACGAUUAAUACAAGUAAAAAUAAAAUUGCGAACAGUACAUUAAAUUUGACAUCCUCAUUCUCAUCUAAAGUAUAAGAUGAUAGAAAUAUGCAUGUAGAAACUUCUGACAAUCCUAAAUUGAAACUAAAUAUGUGCCCAUAUUGUGAAAAAUUUCAAACGCAAUUUGCAAGGCACUUAGAAUCAGUACAUAAAACUGAAGAAGAUGUGACAAAGUUUCGUUUUUUACCUAAGGGUAACCCGGAACGAAAGAAGAUUAUUGGUCUACUUAGACGACAAGGAAAUUUCAUAUAUAAUACAAAUUUUAACUUAAAUAAAGGAGAUUUAAUUGUGUGCCGGCGUCCAAGAAAAAAUUUGGAUAGACAAGCAGCCGAUUUUAUUCCUUGUGCAAAAUGCAAAGGUUUUUUUUCUAAAAAUAAUAUAAGACAUCAUUUUGCGUCAUGUGCACAAAAAAGGGAAUAUCCUCAAAGAAAUGUAAAAAUAUUGGGACGUACUGUGGCUUGUUGUAUACAUUACAGUGCAAAUACACCAUUAAGAAGAUUGGUAUUUCCAGUGAUGAGGGAAGACAGUAUAACUCAAAUUAUUAGAUACGAUGAGCUGUUGAUUGGUUAUGGUAAUAAAAUGUGUCAGAAGUAUCGUCUCCAACAUCAGCACGAUAUGAUCAGAGCGCGACUGAGAUUACUUGGACGAUUUCUUAUAAUUUUGAAGGAUCUCGAUAACAUUACAGAUUUUUCUUCAAUAUAUGAUCCAACAAAAUAUGAACAAUGCAUCAAAGCUGUCAAUAAACUCGCACAAUUUGAUGAAAAGACUUGGACGUAUAAAACACCAUUGCAUCAUCUUUGGGAACACUUAUAAAACAAGUUGGGGAAAUUUUAAGAAGUAUGUGUA